AUGGAAAUUAUGAAACCUCAGCAAAAACGUUCUUCUAUUGAUAUUGAUUUGUCAGCCGCACCAAACAUCCGGAUCGAACAAACAGUUGAACACAAGCAAUAUGCGGAACGAGCUCGUCGAAUGAGCACACUUUCACGGAGUGAUGCAAUUCACGGUUAUCAACCCGUAAAGCAGAAUUCAAAUCCGUUGCCCGAACAUCCACGAAUUUACGAACGUGGACAUGAACAUUCAAGAUCAUGGAAUCUUGAGAAUCAGCAAAGUAUGUCCCCAUCACCACCGCAGCAAAACGACUAUCAAUACUAUCAGAUGGCGGCAUAUAACGAAUCUGACGUGGUGAGAGAAUCAGCGGGAAAAGCUAGACAUGGGGAGGUAGAUUGCGAGAUGGGAGUAACUCCGCUCUGCUCUCACUCAUCGUCGUAA